UGGAGUCCAGCACGGGAACAAAUUAAAGAGCGCCAUGGACGCCGCCCAGUCUCGCUCCCAUGAGCUGCUAGCCGCAAUAGGAUGGCCUCUUCUCCCCCAGCAGCAGCUGCUGGUUGUGGUGCCACUCCUCGUUCUCCCUCUCCUCUGCCUGCUGUCGGCGUCGAGGCGGCGACGGCGGAGGAGCAGAGAGCAAGGAGCAGCAGCAGCGGAACGACGGCGUGCUCCUCCCCCGGGGCCGGCGAAACAGCUGCCGGUGCUGGGCAACCUGCUGCAGAUCGGCAGCCGGCCGCACCGCUACUUCCAGGCCGUGGCGCGGAGGUACGGCCCCGUCGUGGAGGUGCAGCUCGGCCGGGUGCGCACGGUCGUCGUCUCGUCGCCGGACGCCGCCAAGGAGGUGCUCCGGACCAACGACCUGCACUGCUGCAGUCGCCCCAACUCACCAGGCCCCAGGAUGCUGAGCUACGACUUCCUGGACGUGGCCUUCAGCCCCUACAGCGACUACUGGCGCGAGAUGCGCAAGCUCUUCAUCCUGGAGCUCCUCAGCAUGCGGCGCGUCCAGUCCUUCGCCUACGCCCGGGCCGCCGAGGUGGACCGCCUCGUGUCCUCCCUCGCCGUCGCCAGCUCGUCCCCUCCGGGCGCCGCCGUCGACCUCACCGAGAAGCUGUACGCGCUCUCCGACGGCGUCGUCGGCACGGUGGCGUUCGGCAAGAUGUACGGGUCGGCGCAGUUCGAGCGGAGCAGCUUCCAGCGCGUGAUGGACGAGACGCUGCGGGUGCUGGGGAGCUUCACCUUCGAGGACUUCUUCCCGGCGUCGAGGCUCGCACGGCUCGCCGACGUCCUCACCGGCGCCGCCGCCCGCAGGCGCCGCAUCUUCCGCCAGAUCGAUCGUUUCUUCGACUCGGUCAUCGAUAAGCACCUCGAGCCCGACAGGCUGCUGGCCGGCGUCCAGGAGGACAUGGUCGACGCGCUCGUCAAGAUGUGGAGGGAGGAGCAGGCGAAUGGUGAUGAGGCUCAUAGAUUAACGCGUGAUCAUAUCAAGGGAAUCCUCAUGGACACAUUUGCAGGUGGCAUUGACACUUGUGCUGUCACGAUGAUCUGGAUCAUGGCCGAGCUGAUGAGGAACCCUAGGGUUAUGCGGAAAGCGCAAGCCGAGGUGCGCGGUUUGGUGGGGAACAAACCAAGAGUGGACGAAGAAGAUGUCAAGAACCUCAGGUACCUCAAGAUGGUGGUGAAAGAGAACUUCAGGCUACACCCACCGGGGACCUUGUUGGUUCCAAGGGAGACCAUGAAGAGCUGCGUGAUCGGCGGCUACGAUGUGCUGCCGGGCACAAGAAUCUUUGUGAAUGUUUGGGCAAUGGGGAGAGAUCCUACCAUCUGGGAUCGCCCGGAGGAGUUCAAUCCCGAGAGGUUCGACGGCAGCCAUGUUGACUUCAGAGGCUCCAACUUUGAGCUUCUCCCGUUUGGCUCGGGACGAAGGUCAUGCCCUGCCAUCGCCAUGGGUGUCGCUAAUGUGGAGCUUGCCUUGGCCAACCUGUUACAUUGCUUUGAUUGGCAGCUCCCUGAAGGAAUGAAGGAGGAGGACAUCGAUAUGGAAGAAACUGGGCAGCUUGUUUUUAGGAAGAUGGUGCCUCUUUGUCUUGUGCCUAUUAAGAGAGUAUAAUUGCAUUGGAGGAUGACAGGCUAUACGUACAUUCUCUUAAUAUAUUCAGUUCAAAUGAACUACUUUCAAUAUUUUGUUUUUUUUCUAAUGUUUCAAUCCGCCUGCACCAUUUCUUUUUCCAUAGCAUACAUAUUACAUACGCAUAAUAAAUCGAAUCCAUGUCCUUCAAGGAAUUCAGAAAUGUGGAUCUAAAAGUUAGCAUUGCAGACAAUUUGGAUGUAUCAUAUUUGGAAUAUGGUGUAUGAAGUGUGAUUGCAGGCUUGCA